AAGCGAUGGCUCCCACUGUAUGGGUACCAGGGAAUUGUCUGGUUUCGGCUCGACAACUUCUACACCUUCGUCGACGCAGUCGACCGCUUGCUUUGUCUCGACAACCGUGCUGGGGUAACAUAUUCGGUCUACCUCCUCGACAAGCGAACGGACUAUGCGAGCCAAGCUGAGCGAGAUCGAUUUCUGCAAGACAGAGAAAAUAACGGCCUCACCAUGUGGUGCGCCGGCGUCGGCGACUAUAGCCAUGACUACUUGGUAUGGAUGUGGAUCGUUGGAAAACUGAACCCAUUAGCUGCGAACGAAGACGAAGCGGUUGCAUACGAAAAGGUACUCUUUGUGGCUGGACCGGAUGACCCAAUCCCCUGGGUUUGGGAGCCUGAUGACCGCCAUCGGGUCAUGAAAGUGGUGCUGGACUUGGUCGGCGGGCCGAAGCUGCAACGGCCGGAUGUUGCCUAUCUUCGGAUGCCCGAGAACCCCAGAGAUGUCGCUUACACCAACCAAUAUGGGGACUGGAUGCGGCACAUAUGCCGUGUCCUCGUCCCUGGCAAGAUUCCAGGCCGUCCCGGGUACCUGGCUAUCCCGGACGCCUGGUUCAGCAUUCGAGAGUCACUAGGAGGCCAAGCAGCCAAGAAUAUCAGCACAUACGGCGGCUUGUGUUUCCUUCCUCAGCUUUGGGAGCUGAUUCUGGACAAGUGGGAGAAGGGCAGGUCCCAGCACCUUCAGUUGAGCGCCACGACGGCUCCCGAAUUCGGGACGGGGGCCUCCGGCAUCCGCAUCAGCGAUCGUUGGCACCUGUUUCUCCCGGGCCUGGCCCGGCCAUAUGAGAAACAAUAUAUCCUGCACCAAGAAGUGGACAACGUUCAAUAUGUGGGAGAUGCCAUCAUGAGCCUGAUAAAGGAGUCCAUGUCCCAGGAGACCUUUUCCAAGCUGAAGUCACUCGAGGUGUAUAUGCCAGGAAGUCUGUUUUUCCGCUCGGAUGAUUUUGAUGAGCCCCUGGUCGUUAAAAUGACAGCCAAAGACCUCGCGGCGCAAUUCUCGCCAGUGGCGAACCGCCUUGCACAGUGGGAGUCUUGGCUGAAAACCAAACUUGGGGUGCGACCUGCCGCUGACGGACUCAGUAUGUUCCCACAAUUCAUCACCAUUCGCCCUGUCUUCAAAGACUAUACCAUCCGCGGGUCUGAUACAGGGGCCAAAGCGGUAAUCUGGGACCCGGCAUCCACGAGCAUAACAGAGUUCCGUCGAUUGGUGGCGGAGAUAUGGCCAAGAGGGAUCUGGAAAACGCCGUACACGGAGAGAUCAUGGAUUGCAAUCACCCAGAGCCGCCCUAGGAAGGGUGCUGGCAAGCCGGCGCAUGUGACCCAUCCCGAAGAGAAUAAACCGAAGCUCUUGAUCGGUCCUGAUAUGGAAGAGGAUGAGUGGCGUUUGCUAUGCAGGAUGGUCGUCGAGCCCGAAGUGUUCAUCUGGACGGUGGAUGAACAGAAUCUCCCCAGAUUUGGGGAUCUGGACACACAGCAGCCAUUCGGAUACCGCGAGAUCUACAAAACCCCAAGCUCCUCGCUGUACCGGGCACUAGAACAGGAGGAAAUCCCCGCAAUGACACGUUACUACGACUAUCAGCUGUGGGCAGAGGAUGUGUGCUCGAAACUGAAGACGAUCCAGCCGGGGGAUAAACAGCCGCGGCCUCUGUCAGAGUCUUUUGAGUCCGCCGACUAUCCCCUCCAACCGCCAGGCGUAUCCUUGAAUACCAGAGGUUUUCCGUAUGUUCGGACAAAGAGGGAUGCUGGGGGGCUUAACCGGGCUAGCGCUGGUCGCCUGUCGCCAGGAAGGCCCGACCACCAUACUUCCUUAGUGACGAACGUAGAGCGCGAGCAGCGUCUACGAACGCAGAGCUAUGUCCAGCCAGAUUAUCAGAUAGUCAGGAGCAUCCCUGCCCGCGCACCGCCCGUCGACAUGCUGCUCAACCUGGGAUAUGAGAGCCUGCCGAUCGUUUCACUAUCCGUCCUGACGCCCACAGAAGUCCGGCGAAUGCAAAGAGACUAUCGCAACAUGCGCGAUUUGCUCUUGUCACGCAUAGAGCGAUGUCCGUACGAGGGCUGCCAUGCCGUAUAUCCAGCUGAUCAGAAAUGGAUGAUGCAACAACAUCUCCGGGCAAGCCAUAUCGUGGAGAAUUGCAACUUGUGCGAUGAAACGCUGUUCCAACACUGGCCCCCCCAGCAGCGCUACCAACACUUUGUCAAAGAACACGCUGACAUUCUAAAGCUGUUAGGAACGCAGCCAGAGGACAGGCAAGUUCAGAGCUUGAGUGAGACGCGUGUCGAUUACAAUCGCGAAGGUCGCUGGAAGUUUUGCGCGCGUUGUGGGCGCGACCACGCAACUCUCAAUGUGCAGGCAGACCGGACACACCAUGACAGCGUCUGCUAUCCCGGCGUGCAGGACCGCGAGGACGACUGGUCGGCGUGCGAGAUUUGCGGAGAACACAUCUCUAGUGCCCUAGGGCUCAACGGCCACAAGAAUCAUGUAUGCGGCGACAUUCCUUCAGACGCACCGUUCUGUGAGAAGUGCUCGCUUCCGCUUGGGCAGUUCUCUGAGGCGUACCAGGAGAGGCAUGCUAUUUUUUGCAGAGACCACGGCCGUGACGACGCCAAGUAUUGCCCAUGGUGCGGUGUCGAACUCGACCGUCGGCUCGAUCUGCGGAUGGACCACGUCGAGAACUGUAUCCAGAAGCCGAAUGACGAGGCCGAGGGUCCCAUUGACACCAGGUCCAAAUCUUACUUC